AUGUGGCUCUGCUGGGCACUCUGGGCACUGUCCCUGGCUGACCCCGGGGCAGCUCUGACUGGAGAGCAGAUCCUGGGCAGCCUACUGCAGCAGCUGCAGCUUAGUGAGCCACCUGUCCUGGACAAGGCCGAUGUGGAGGGGUUGGUCAUCCCCUCCCAUGUGAGGGCCCAGUACGUCUCCCUGCUGCAGCACAGCCACAGCGGCCGCUCCCGAGGGAAAAGGUUCAGCCAGAACUUCAGAGAGGUGGCAGGCAGGUUCCUGGUGUCGGAGACCUCCACGCACUUGCUAGUGUUCGGCAUGGAGCAGCGGCUGCCACCUAAUAGCGAGCUGGUGCAGGCGGUGUUGCGGCUCUUCCAGGAGCCAGUCCCCAGAACUGCUCUCAGGAGGCAAAAGAGGCUGUCCCCUCAUAGUGCCCGGGCUCGGGUCACCAUUGAGUGGCUACGCUUCCUUGAAGACGGCUCCAACCGCACCGCCCUCAUCGACUCCAGGCUCGUGUCCAUCCACGAGAGCGGCUGGAAGGCCUUCGACGUGACCGAGGCUGUGAAUUUCUGGCAGCAGCUGAACCGGCCAAGGCAGCCACUGCUGCUGCAGGUGUCGGUGCAGAGGGAGCACCUGGGCCCAGGGACCUGGAGCACGCACAAGUUGGUUCGCUUUGCAGAGCAAGGAACUCCGGGCAGAGAGGGGCGGGGCGAGCCACAGCUGGAGCUGCAUACGCUGGACCUCAAGGAUUACGGAGCUCAAGGCAAUUGUAACCCUGAGACCCCAGUGACUGAAGGCACCCGAUGCUGUCGCCAAGAGAUGUACCUUGACCUGCAGGGGAUGAAGUGGGCAGAGAACUGGAUCCUUGAACCCCCAGGGUUCCUGGUCUAUGAGUGUGUGGGCAGCUGCCUGCAGCUGCCAGAGUCCCUGACCAUCAAGUGGCCGUUUCUGGGGCCGCGGCAGUGUGUUGCCUCGGAGAUGACCUCCCUGCCCGUGAUUGUCAGCAUGAAGGAGGGAGGCAGGACCAGACCUCAGGUGGUCAGCCUGCCCAACAUGAGGGUGCAGACAUGUAGCUGUGCCUCGGAUGGGGCGCUCAUACCCAGGAGGCUGGAGCCAUAGACACAGACUGUGGCCUCUCCAAGGCUGUGACUUUUGUGUAUGUCUAUUGUUCCAGCAGAGAUGGGGAUUAUGAAUCCCCGAUGGGCUAAUGCCCCGUCUGUGCUCUUUGCUGAGCUCUGCGUUUGCUUCCUCUGAACCAGCCUUAUCCCCUUCAAGGAAUGUGACUCACUGGCCACUAGGGGGCCCUACCUAGUCGUCUCUGUUCUUAAAAUUGUUCCCUGCACUAUAUGUUAAAAUGUUAAAGCACUUAACAUGUAUAGUUACUGUCCCUGUCACUGGAUCUGGGCUGAGCCCCAGGUUUGAUGUUGGACCUAAGACACAAGUGUAUCAAACAUGCUCAACCUAGGUAAUAUGGACUUUGCUAGAUGUGAAUAAAAUAUGUUUUGUUCUAUAA